AUGAUUUUCAUAAUGAGGAUGUGGGGUAUAUUCCUAUAUAGCUAUGUGUUGUGUAGUUCUUCAAGUGAGGAGAGGGGUGCGAUAGGUGGAGUGGAUCAUUCCUCGAGUGUUCUCUAUAGAAGAGAAAGAAUAAAGAAAGCACUUGAGAAAGCUGCAGCCUUUGAUACAAAAAUCUUAAUUCCAAUGAUAUUCCACAAUGACAAGGUUGUGGUGACACCGGUGUCUGAGUACCAUAGUAUAGAGAAAAGUGAAAUAGAGUAUGCAGAGGAUGUGAUUAAUCGGAUUCCGUGUUCGGCUUGGAAUACGAUGGUGUGUGUGUUUCCACCUAAUAACAGUAAUUGGAUCAUGAAUUUGGUAGAGCAGUUCUUUGUAGAAAAACGGGGGCGUCUGAGUGGUGUUGAGAUGUACAAGAGAGAGAAGACGAAAAGGAAACCGAAGUUCACCGACCUGAUGAUGAAGAUAUAUCAAGAUAAUUGUGACCUGCUGGAAGGGUUUGGAAGAGAGGUUGUUAAAAAUGUGUGCUCGAAGAUUAAGAGUCUAAAAGAGGACAGGAAUAUGAAUGAAAAAGAGAAGAAGGAAGAAAUGAUGGUAUUAGAGGAUAUCAGGAAAUAUGGCGAGAGUCUACAAACUAGGUGGAAGAAGGAUGAGAUACUCAAAGCACAGGAGAUAGUGUGUGAGGUGUUCAAGUACUUUUGGGAAAGAGAAGAAGACAAAAGGAUUAUCACGACGAUCAUGUACUUGAGAGUGUUGAGCUACGGGGGAGGAAAGAUUAAGAAGGAAGUAUUCCCUCUAAUACACUAUAUAAAUCAUUCUGUAUUAGUGAAGACAUAUAAUAGAUACGGGAUAAGAGCGGCAGGGAUGCUGAUUAAACAAGUAUUAAUAAAAGACAAUGAUUGUAAUGAAGAAUAUGCAGAAAAGAUUGGAAAAGAGGUUCAAAAGAUGGAGUCUGAAGAGAGAAGGAUGGAAGAAGAAAAGAAGAGAAUGGAGUCGAAGGAAUCAGGAUGUGAGUUUGAAGUCCUAGAAGGUCUUGAGGGGGGUAGUAGUAAAAGAAAAGGAGGAGAGAGAAGAAGGAAGGGAAGAAGGGGUGUAAGAAAGAAGGAAAAGAGAAGUGAAAGAAGAAUGAUGGAAGAAGCCUGUUCUGGAAGAGAGGGGGCAACCAGUUCAAAAGAACCAUGUGAUAAACAAGGAAGUGUGCAUUUCUACAAUAUCCACAAAAGAGUACUUCGGUGGAAGAAGGACCCUAAGAAGAUCAGGAAGAAUUAG